AUGUCGACGCGCUACUUACCCAACGUGCUCGGCAUUCACCACCAGAUAAAGGUGAUCUACAGCGUUCAAACGGGUGGCGACGUUCGCAGCAUCCUAAACUUGGCGUACAAUGAUAACGUCUACAUAGAGCGCAAGCUGACCGACGGACAUAUAGAAAAAAUGUUUCUCGGUGACGUAUUCGUGAGCAAAAACGUUUACUGCGUCUAUUCCCUGUACGACUGGUUCAAAAUCGACCGCGGUGGACCAUACGUCAUCGUGACCGAGCGUUCCGAAAACGACGUUACCCUCGCAGACUACCUCGACUGCUACAGACUUCGCGAGCGCGAAGCCAUUCUACUUUUCAUCAAGAUAGUCAGAAUCGUUUACGACUGCUGGCUACUCUUUGGUCUGCUCCACUGCGACGUCAAAGAAGAAAACGUGCUCGUCGACAUCGACACCGGAGACAUCAAGCUCAUCGACUUUGAUUUUGUUCUCCGCGACUCGGACAAACCGAGAACCUCCUUUUGCGGAACUCUCGAAUAUGCGCCGCCCGAAUGGUUCCUAGAGCACGAGUACCUUCCCGAAGCCUCGGCUGUCUGGACUCUGGGUCUCUUAUUCUUUAGACUCCUCUUUCACGAGUAUCCCUUUCGCAGCUUCCAACAGAUACGAGACUUUAGCGAUCUAAACUACAACCCAAUCUUUAUUCGCUAUGAGCACACCUUUUCGCUAAACACUAUUCGGCUCCUGACCAGACUACUGCGGGUCAAGGGCAAGUCUGGCAUGAGGCUAGUCGCCCUCUAUAACGAACUUCGUCUCUUGACAAAGUAA